AUGGCGUCCACCGCGGCAGGGAAGCAGCGGAUCCCCGAGGUGGCGAAGGUGAAGAACGAAGCUCCUGCCGAGGUGCAGAUCACCGCCGAGCAGCUGCUGAGAGAAGCCGAGGAGAGGGAGCUGGAACUUCUGCCGCCCAAGCAGGAGAUUACCGUCAAGGAGGAGCUCAACGACUCCAAGCUGAGGAGGAGGAAGAAUCAUAAAGGAAGACCCAAAAGAUACUGCUGUGAUGAUUGCGAGCAAGUCUUCACUACUUCAUCAAACUUGAAGAUCCAUAAAAAAACUCACAAUGGUGAUAGACCAUACAGCUGUGAUCAGUGUGGUGCAGCUUUUACCAAGCGAGGUGAUUUGACGAGUCACCGACGUAUUCAUACUGGAGACAAGCCUUACAGAUGCGAUCAGUGUGGAGUGGCUUUUGCCCAGCAAGGUGCUCUAACAAGUCACCAACGUAUUCACACUGGAGACAAGCCUUACAGGUGUGAUCAGUGUGGAGUGGCUUUUGCCCGGCAAGAUCAUUUGACGAGUCACCAACGUAUUCACACUGGAGACAAGCCUUACAGGUGUGAUCAGUGUAGAGCGGCUUUUGCCCAGCAAGGUGCCUUAACAAGUCACCAACGUAUUCACACUGGAGACAAGCCUUACAGAUGCGAUCAGUGUGGAUCGGCUUUUGCCCGGCUAGGUGAUUUGAAGGGUCACCAACGUAUUCACACUGGAGACAAGCCCUACAGAUGUGAUCAGUGUGGAGUGGCUUUUGCUGAGCAAGGUAAUUUGACGAGACAUCAACGUAUUCACACUGGAAACAAGCCUUACAGAUGCGAUCAGUGUGGAGCGGCUUUUGCCCAGCGAGGUCAUUUGACGAGUCACCAACGUAUUCACACUGGAGACAAGCCUCACAGAUGCGAUCAGUGUGGAGUGGCUUUUGCCAAGCAAGGUCAUUUGACAAGUCACCAACGUAUUCACACUGGAGACAAGCCUUACAGGUGUGAUCAGUGUGGAGCGGCUUUUGCCCAACAAGGUGAUCUAACGAAACACCGACGGAUUCACACUGGAGACAAGCCUUACAGAUGCAAUCAGUGUGGAAAGGCUUUUGCUGAGCAAGGUAAUUUGACAAAACAUCAACGUAUUCACACUGGAGACAAGCCUUACAGGUGUGAUCAGUGUGGAGUGGCUUUUGCCCGUCAAGGUCAUUUGACGAGACACCAACGUAUUCACACUGGAUUCAAGCCUUACAGGUGUGAUCAGUGUGGAGCGGCUUUUGCCCGGCAAGGUACUCUAACGAGUCAUCAACGUAUUCACACUGAAUAAAAAGUGUACAUUUGUGAUAUCAUUUAUUUAUUUUUUUUUUAAAUAUUUUUAUCCCAUUUUUACCACCCCGUGCUCCUACGUAAGUGACAGUCCUGGGCAUUGCCAUCCUCUACCAACCCCGGGAGGGCCCUGCACUGAGCUCAGGUCUCCUCCUUAACCUGAGGAGUGAGCAGGCCGCAUCUUUUC